AUGGAAAUAAAACAAGAAACUAGUGAGAAAUCUUGUAAAAUAGAAAUAGGUUAUGAGACGUGUGUUGGUCCUUUGAAUGCCGUAAAAAUUGAAAUUAAGGAAGAACCCAAGAAAGAAAGUGCAUACGACACAUUUGAUUAUUUAGACUUUCCUGUAGACUCUAAGCCUAAAGUAGGACAAGAUGAAUUUAAUCUAUUUGAAGAAAAAACAAACAUCAAAUAA